GCAGCUCCUUCUUGGUUUUGAUCAGUAGAAAAUGAGCCCAAAUGGCUCUUUUACUGUCAAAGGUUGCUGACCGCUGACCUGGACUGAUGUGAUUUUAUAGAUAGAAAAAUGUUCCUGUUUAAUUAUUUUUUAUAUUCUAAAUAUUGUAAUUUAUGACAUUAAAUUAUGUUUUAUAUAUAUAAUGUAUUUUUUUUUCUUUUUCUCUUUUACUAGUGCUUAAAAUUCAUUCAUUUUGUCUUCACAUAUAUAUACAUUGUGUGUAAUUUCAGCUAAUUUUCAUUUUAUUGUGAAAGUACAAGCCUUCCUGCCGGAAGUAUUCCUUUUCUUGUUUCCGCUAGCUUCAGUGUUCUCUGUAGCAGCUUUGCUGUUUCAAACUAUUUAUUGAUAGAAGUCUUACAGUCUUUGCAUUUUCAUAUCCGUCCGCUUUUCUAUCGUUUCAGUAGAUUAUACACUUCCGUGUCCUUAAUGACGUAACGACUGAGUGAAGGUCCAUGAUUGAAGCAACAGGAUGAUCAGUACAUUCAUGUGUGUCUGAGACCCUCCCUCCUCCAUUUACGUGUGAGGACUCUGGCUAAUCCUGCUCCUCAGGAUGGAUGAAGAAACCCUGGAAGCUGCCAUCUCUGCCUACGGUGCGCAGCUGCAGCAGGUGGAGAUGGCCCUGGCCGCCGGCCUGGACCCCAGCCAGCAGCCGGACCUUCUCAAGCUGAAAGAAGACCUUCACCAGCUGAUAGAGCUCACCGAGGCCAGCCUGGUUUCUGUCAAGAAGAGCCGGCUCCUGGCCAGUCUGGAGGACAGCAACGGGCUGCAGGGCGGUUCCUCGCACGCGGCGGCCCACACUGACGCUGAAGCAGAGUUUGCUGCUUUUUACUCAGAACUUGGAGAAUGUUCUGGAGGUGCCUCUGAAACCAGGGAGAAUGAUGAGGAGGAAGAAGAAGAAGAAGAAGAUGAUGAACUAAGUGGUACAAAAGUCAGAGCGCCCUACAGGACUGCAUGGGGUACGCUGGAGUAUCACAACGCCAUGGUGGUGGGGGCAGAACCGACUGAUGGAGAAGAAGCUCAAGUGAGGGUGCUCUACCUGUACCCCACCCAGAAGGCCAUGAAACCCUGUCCAUUCUACCUGGAGGACAAAUGUCGCUUUCAGGAUAAUUGCAGGUUUUCACAUGGUCAGGUGGUGCAUGUGUCAGAGCUCAGAGAGUUCCUGGAGUCUGACCUCAGCAACCUUGAAGAGGGCUCGUCCUGUUUGUGUCGACACGAGGACGGGAUCUGGUACCCGGCCAAAAUAACAGACAUUGACGGCGGUUUCUUUACUGUGAAGUUUGACUCACUGCUGCUGAAAGACGCUGUGGUUGAGGCCGACUGCAUCAUCCCACCUCUGAGGGAAGAAGAUCCGCUGUCCUCCGACUCAGAUAUGGAGGAUUCAGGGGAUGGAGAUACUGAGGGCUAUGCCAAAGUCGUAGAGUUUGCCGGUGAAUCUGCAGAGACCUCCAGCAGUGGUCAUUUUGGAGGCUGGGAGGCACACACCAGAGGAAUCGGAUCCAAACUGAUGCUUAAAAUGGGCUACGAGUACGGCAAAGGUUUAGGGAAAACCCAGGAGGGUCGGGUGGAGCCGGUGAUGGCGGUUCUCCUGCCCAAAGGAAAGUCCCUGGAUGAGUGUGCAGAGUUCACGCAGAGGCGGACCCAGAGCCACACUGCCAAAGACGGCACUCCAAGCUCCCGCCCCAAGCGGCGCAGGAAGCCUCGGGCCGCCACCGAGGGGCGCCGCACCGUCUUUGACUUUCUGAACCGCAAGCUCGGAGGCAAGGACUCUGAGCAGGCAGACGGGGGUGCUGUCGCGCCAUCAGCACCGACGGGGCUGGAGGCUUACAGAGGAGGGAAGAGCACCAAGAGGAGUCUGAACGUCAAGCUGUUCCAGGCGGCAGAGAGAGUCUCCCAGACCCAGAGGGAGAUCCAGAAACUGAGCGAGAGCCUCAGCAGACACACCGGCCGGGAUGCAUCCAGAGUGAAGCAGCUGGAGGAGAAACUGUCAGCAGCUCGUAGUCUGCUGGCCCAGCAGAAAGCUCAGGAGCUGUCCAUCCAGAGAGAGCAAAGGAAGGCUGACACACACAAGAAGAUGACUGAGUUCUGAGCCCACUUUCAUUUAAACACCUGACAGGUGCAGGAAGCUCCGCCUGCCUGGAGUCAGGUGUCCAGCUUUUGGAAGAAUUUUUAUCCCUAAUCCUGAAUUCCAGCGAACAGUUUAGUUCCCUUGCUGCUGGUUUGAUUUGCUUGUUUUGUUAAUUUUACUGGAGGAUUAAUAGUCCAUUCAAAUGA